AUGUGCUAUAAGCUUCAAAUUUAAAAGAUCAUAGCUAAAAAGAUAUUAUUUAAAAAUGAAAAAAUCCUAAUGAUUUUGAAUUCACUAAUUACCACUUCAAUAUCAAAAAUUAGAUCUCUUUUAUUUAAUUAAGAGGUGGUGGAUGCUGCGGAACGAAGAAAGUCUAUUCUGAAUUUAUUUAGAGAGAUAAAAAUAUUGAUGAGAAUUUUGCAUUUAACUUAUAAACAUUUACAUAAAUAAUUGUUCAAAAAUCAUUAAAUUUUCAAGAUAAAAUGUAUUAAGAUGAAGUGCUUUCAGCAUUUUAGUGGUUUUAAAAUAAUAAAGAUCAAUUUCAUAGACUUUGUCAUGAUGAAUCUUUAAUCACAAAAAAUUAUGAUCUAAUUGAAAAAAUGUCAGAAUAGUUAAUGAAAUAAUUAACUAUUUAUAUUAAGCUUUCAAGUUUUUUAUUUUAUUCUUUGCUCUAAAUUUGUAAUGAUCUAUUUAGAAUAAUAUUUUCAUAUCAAUUAAAGAAUAAAGAAAGAUAUAUGCAAGAAGACAUAAAACAAAGAUUUUUGGGGUAUAUUUUAGAAAUUGAAUCUCAAAUUAAAGUAGAAGUUAUUAAUAUUUGGUUUAAUGGAGUAGACUUUGAGCUCCAAAUGAUUAAAACUUGUAUUGCUCAUUGUAGAACAAACUCUGAAAAAAGUAUGGAAUUAGCAAUAUCUAUUAUGUGUGGAUUAAUGACUUCAUUAUCCUAAUUAAAACCUAGCGAUCAAUUAAUAAAUUCAUUAAUUGAAGGAGGGAAAUAUUUACUUUUGAAUUUCUAUGAUAAACAGAUUUAAAACCCUCUACAAAUAUAUGAAAUAUAUUAUUUUUUUGAAAACCUUAAAUGGUCAAUAUUGAAUUAAUUAAAAUUAGGGUACUCUAUUUAGAAUAUUAUUAAUUAAAUUAAAGAUGGAUAUUUAAAGUACAUAAAAGAAUCGAAGGAUUGGAUGAUACAUCAUUGUUGGGUAAACUUGAUAUCUGAUCUAAUGUGUUAUAGACCUAUAAUCCAUAAAAAUUAAUUAACAAAUUUACUAUCAUAAGGAACAUUAGAUUAAGCAUUUUGGGAAUUACUUAUAAAUAAAAAUUUAAUAAUUUAAUUGCCAUAUAAUAAAUUUGCUGGUAAACUAAAAAUAUUUGAAGAGCAAAAUUUAAUAUUAAAAAAGUUUAGAACAUUAAAAUUAUUUUAAGAGUACUUGAUUUAAAAUUAAAUGGAGAUUUAAUUAAACUAAUUCAUCAAACUUAGAAUUAUUAAAAGCUUUAAUAACUUAAUUAAAGUCUUUUAUAGACAAGAUAAUAAAUGAUUUAGAAGCUGUUAAAUAACAAGUAAUUUUAUGUAAAUCAUUGCUUUAAAAUAAUAACCAAAUAGAAAUUAAAAUUAUUAAGCAAGAUAUAAUAUUUUUCAUGUGUUAAAUAAAACAAUAUAGCUUCUUAUUAAAAGGUUUAAUCAAUGAGAUAAAUCUAUUAGUAAAUAAAGAGCUCUUGGUGAACUCUAUUUUCUAAAAAAUUCUAUAAGGAAAUUGCGAAACUUUAAAAGAAAAUCAAACAACAUUAAAGCAAAAUAUAUUAAUAUUAAUCUAAGAAAUUGAAAAAAAAUAUGAAACAGAAUUUCUAAAUAAUUUAAAAAUUGUAUCUAGAUUUUGGAUAUAAAUUUGUUAAUUUACAACUAUUUCUCAUGAAGAAUUAAUUCUUCAUAAUCUUGAAUUGUAAGAUUCUCUUGAACCUAAAAUAAACUAAAAUAUUAUAAUCGUCAAUAACAUAAAUAAAUAUUUGGAUACAUUUAUUGUAUAAAUAUCUACCAUAAAUAGAAACUUUUUAUCAAUAUUAGAGUUAUAAUAAUUCAAGUGUUUUAUAAAAGAACCAAUUUCUCAAAGAAGCAUAGCAUUAUAAAUUAUUAAAUAAUUUAAUCCAAAUUUAAUAUUAUAUUUAGUUAAUGAAAUUCAUGAACAUUUUUAAGAAAUGUUAUAAUAGAAGUUAGAUAUUGAAAAAGUUUUUGAUAUUAGACAUAUUUUGAAAAUGGUUUAUUCUAAUUUAAAAAUUUACAAAGGAUUAAAAAUGAUUCUUAAAUUGCAUCAAAGAAAAUUGAUAUCGAUUUAGACAUAAUUAGAAGGAGUGUUUUAAAAUUCAAGUUUAGAAGUUGAAAGGUAAUGUUCGAAUUAAAAUGAUAUUUACAAAUAUAUUCAUUUAAAAAUAAUGGAUAGGAAAAAGUAGUUGUAGAUGUUAUUUAAAAAACAUCAAAAUGGCGAAUUCACAAAAGAUGUAUAAAUAGAUUUCAAUAAUAUAACAAAUUAAAUUAAUAAAGAAAAAAAUGAAAUAAACAAUAAUGAUUGGUUAGAGCAUAUCAAAUUUGAUUAUAUAUUAUUAUUAUCGAAUAUCCAAAUGAAAUUAGAAAUGAUGGAUUUGGUUUAGUAAAAUAACAUUGUUAUCUAAUAAGAAAUUAUAACAUUAUUAGAUGGUAAACUUUAGGAAAUAAAUUAAGUUGAUAAAACAAAAGAAAUAUUAUAAAAAGACUAAGAUCAAGUAUAAUUAAACUAAGAAAAAUAACUGAAAUUGCAAAUGAAAGAUUUAUAUGAUUGUGAAAGUUCAUUUUAAAUGAUAGAAAACUUAAUAAAUAAUUCUAAAAAGUUAAAACGAAUAUUUUAGUCACAUCUUCUUGAUACAACUUCUCAAUAAUCAUAAAUAAAUUAAUAAUUAUUAAAUAAUUUAAAGAAUACCUUUACAGCAAGUUUAAAUCAAACAUUUAUUGAUUUGUUGCAAUAAACUUUAAAAUGUUGUAAAAAAUUAAUAAAAAUGAAUAAAUUAUUUUGGAUUUAGAAUUUAUAAUAAAGCUUCAAAAUUAAGCUAAUAUAGAAUAUAUACCUGCCAUUACACAAAUAUAUAACUUUAAUACUCUCAUUAUUGAAGAUAAGGUAAUAUAAAAUUCAGAAAUCAAGGUUAAUAAAAUAUAAAAUAUGAUUAUGUAAUUUAAAAAUGAAACGAAGACUAAUUACAAAGAAGGAUUUUUUGAUAUUUUUUAAAAUUCUUCGUAUAAAGUUAGGGAAUUACUAGUAUUCAACUUAAUAAAGUUAUAAUCAAAGGUUUAAGAAUAAACAAUCUCAGAAUUUUGUGAAAAUUUAUUAAAACAAAUUUGGAUAAUUGAAAAACAUCCAAGUGUAAGAAAUCUACUUAAAAAUGAAGAAAUGAUAAUGAUGCAGAAGAAGUUGUUCAAAAGAUUUACAAAAUUUUUCACUUAGAUUAAAAACAGAAAUGCAAGCAAAAUUAAAAUAAAUAUCACAAAUUGAAACCUAACUAUUGCUUAAUGAAAAUUAAGAUGAAAUGAAACUAUUACUCUAACAAGCAUAUGAUAAUUUUGAAAUAUAUUUAGAUAAUAUUACUGAUAUGUCACAAAGAUUAGAUAUUAGUUUGAUAUUUUUAAGAGAAAUUAGUAAAGAUUUGAAAAAUAUUAAGUCUUCUAUAGAUUAGGUGCUAGUGUAAAAAAUGUUUAAGAUGAUGUAAGAAGAUUAAGAGGAAAGAAUUUUUAGGAAUUAUUAAACCUAAGAAAGUAGAAGAUUUUAAUGUAACAGCACGAGAAUUAAUUAGAUUAAGUUCAUAUAUAGAUUACAACUUAGGAAUAUGAUCCUAUCUCUGGAAAUAAGAAAGCUAAUAGCACUGGGUAAUUCAUCACAUUUUUAAUAGCAAAUUAAUAUGAUAAUUUUGAUGGAGAAGUAAAUGAAUUCUUAUGGAGUGAUUAUGAAAAGAAUAAGGAUAUUAUGUUAAUAAAAGGCAAAGCAGGCUCAGGUAAAAGUAGAGCAUCUCGUAAUAUAGAAGAAUUAAUAUGGAAUUGUGAUAAAUUUUCACCUAAUUGGAUUCCAAUUUAUGUAUCACUUCCUUCAUUAAUAGACCCAAAUCAUAAUAUAAUUGAUCAAGCUCUUGAAUCUGAAAAUUACAAUUUUGACAAAAUUUAGGUGAGAGAAUUCAAAGAGGCUAUAAUAAAUGGAAAUCUUAAAAUAGUAUUAAUUUUGGAAAGCUACGAUGAGAUGAAAUUUAAUUUUAUAGGAACAAACCUUUACUAAACUAAUAGACUGGCUUAAGAUCUUAAUAUCAAAGCAUCAGGAUUAAAUGUUAAAAUUAUUAUUACAACAAGAGAUGAAAUAUUAAAUUCAAUUGGAUAUUAAACAUGGUUUUAUGGUUAGAGUAUUGAUACUCUAAAAGAAGUAGAAAUAUUACCAUUUAGUAGAGAAUAAAGUUCAUAAUAUAUUAAAUUAUAUGUUUAAAUAAGCAUUAAGAGAACAAUUAAAAAAUUUUAUGAGUUUCUUAAAUAAUUAAAAAGCUAGAACUUUUAAUUAGAUGAAUUCAGAUUGAUAUGGACUCAAUUAGAAAAUAUAAUUAAUUCUAUUAUUUAAUAAUAAAAAAAUUCUGAAGUGUUAUUUUCAAAUUAGGAUGCAGAAUAACUCAUAUAGAAAAUUUAAACAGUGGAAUUUUUUAGUUUUAUCAAUUCAAAUUAAAUGGUUUUUUUAAAAAAGGAAUUGCUUUAAUUAUGGGGAGAAUAAAUGUUUGUUAAGGUUAUUUAGAAUAUUAAUAUAUUUCAUUUAAUGAGUACUCCUUUUAUGAUGGAAAUUAUUGUUUACAUUUUACCAAAAAUGUUAUAAUUUUAUUCAUCAUCUAAUUUAAUUCGAGAUAUUUUAUAAAAAAAACUUUAUGGUUUUGAAAAGAGAAGCUAAAAAAUCAGAAACGAAAAUUGAAAAAUAUUCAUCAGCUUAGAAUUUUUAAAGAUAGAAUAAAAUUAGGAUUGAUGAAUAAAAAUUAGAAUUUGAAAUAUUGGAAUAAUUUAAUUCAAUUAUAGAAGAUUUGGAUAAUUAAAAUUUUUUUGAAUCAUUUUCUUUAGCAAAUUCUAUUGAAUUUAUAAAUUACAUUAAUUUACAGCAUUUGAUUUUUACUAAAUUUUUGUUGAUUUCUAUCAUAAUUAACAAUUAUCAAAAUUGAAAGAUUUAGGUAAAAGUCUUUAACAUGAAAGUUUUUUAUUAGACUUAUAAGACUUUUCAAUUUAUUUGGCUAUAGAUAUGUCUUAGAGAUAAAUUACUUAAGUAAAUUAUUAAUAAAAAGGAAAAUUAUUUAUAUAAUAAGUUGAGGAAGAGAGAAGAAUCGAGGUUUCUUGGGAAGAUGCUUAUUUUAGCGAAAAUUAAGAAAAUUUUGAAUACAAAGGACUUUUAAGAAAGUGUAUGUUGAUUAAUUAGAAAGGUGGCGUUUAUGCAUUCAAUCACAAAUCCAUUUAGGAGUAUUUCGUGGCUAAAUAUCUUUUGAAUUUAUUUCAAAAAAUCUUUAUUAAUGAGAAAUAAAUAGUUAAUGAAACAUCAUUAUAUAAAAGCAGUUUUAAUAAGGAUUUAUUUAAUUUAUCACAAGAAAAUUACACAGGAACUUUAGAAUUAUUAAAACCAAAAAUAACAAAGAUUCAAAAAAUAAAUUAGAAACUAAUUUAAUUAGCAUUAUUAUCAAAAAUAGAUUCAGAUUGUAAAUAUGUAAGAUCUGCUUCAAAUUCACUUUUUCUUUUAGGUUAUUUAAAAGAACAUUUCGAAAAUAUUGAUUUUAGUAAAAUGUAGUUAGCAGAUACAAAAUUGAAUGGAAUAAGUUUUUAUAAGUGUAAUUUGAAUAACACAAAAUUUUAAAAUGUUUCAAUAGAUUCAUGUAAUUUUAAUUGCUCAAAAAUAGAAAAUGCAAAUUGGAUAAAUAUGAUUUGUAAAGAAAAACCAUCCUUAUUUGGUCAUAAAUCAAAAAUAAAUUAAAUAGCUUUUAGUGAAGAAGGAAAUAAUUUAAUAUCAAGUAGUAAAGAUGGAGUUAUAAAUCUAUGGUAAUUAUAAGGAAAUGAGGAACCUAAGAGUGUAAGUUUACCAAAUAAUGAAAUAUUGUUAAAAUUCUCUAAAAGUAAUAAUUUGCUUGUAUGUCUUGCUGAGAAUACUAUAUAUUUAUUUAAUCCAAAUGAAUUGAGUUAAAUUAGAUAUUAAACAAUAACAAAUUAUGAAUACUAAGAUCUUUAUUUAUCUUACGACAGUAAAUAUUUAGCAGCAGAAACAAUUUCAAAUCAAAUACAAUUCUGGCAAAUCCAAAAUCUACGACAAAAAUAAUAUUCAUGCUAAUAAAAAUAUAUAUCAAAAGGAAAGAAUUAAAUUCUAUUAGGAGUAUUGCAUUCUCCUAAAAUUUUGAACUCUUAGCUACUGGUUGAUCUCAAAUUAAAAUUUGGAAUGCUAAAAAUAUUAAGGAUAUUUAAGAAAUACUAGAAUUUCCAAAAUAAGAUUCACUUAUAAAUGCAAUCACAUUUUCAAAAGAUUGUAAGAUCUUAGUAACUGGAGGGGAAAAUAAGAAAAUAGAAUUCUGGAAUAUUGAAAACUUAAAUCAGGUUUAUUUGCUAUUUUCAUUAUGUUAAUAAAAUCGCGUAGAAUAAAUAUCUUAUUCAAAUGAUGGUAAAUAUUUUGCUUCAAGGUCUGACUCAUCAUUGAAGUUAUAUGAAGAGUAAUAGAUAUUAGAUCAAUAAGACUUUUUCAGAAUAUAAAUUCCAUUUCAAGUUGGUCUAAUAGAAAUAUCGUCAAAUACUUAAAUUUUAGCUUUUUGCAAGAAAAGUUCCGCUAUAAUUUAAAUAUGGGAUAUCAAAAACCUUCAUCAAAAUAAGAUGCUCUGUACGUUUGAAGAAUAAAAAAAAAACAUUUCGUGCUUAAAAUUUAGAAAUGAUAGUUUAGUUUUAGGCUCAGCUAGCCAAGAUAAAACUAUUUGCUUAUGGGAUUUAUAAAAACAAAGAUUAAUUGUAAAAUUAGAGGCUCAUACAGACGAAGUAUUAGAUUUUGGAUUCUCAAUUGAUGGAACAAAAAUGGUAUCCUGCAGUUAUGAUAAGACAAUUAUUUUUUGGAAUUUAAUUAAUUUGGAUAAACAAUAGGUGUAACUAUAAAUGUAAUUGCCAAUUCAAGCAAAUAAAGUUAUGUUUUGGCCGAAUACAUAAUUUGUUGUAUCUUCUAUAUGUAAAUAAUCGAAAGAAAUCAAGUUAUGGGAUUCAAAUGAAUUUAAUCUAAUUUAAAGUUUGGAAAUUGAAGAAAUAUUUUUGGACAUACAUUGUAGUAUAGAUGGUGAAUUUAUGGCAUCAUUAUGUGAAAACAAUAUUCUUAGAUUAUGGAAAAUAUGUGAAUAAUCCAUUAAAAUUGACAAAAAAAUUAAAUUAAAUCAGUGUGAUUCUGUUAGUAAAAUACAUUUAUUUAAUAAUUAAAGUAUUAUUGUAUCUGGUUAUCAUGGUUAUCAAUUAAAAAUUCAAGAAGAAGGAAUCAUCAAAAUAUUACAUUGCUUCAAUUUUGUGGUACAUAUUUACUGCAUGUCAGUAGCAUAAAAUUAAAAAUUUAUUGUAAGGGAAGCUCAUCAAGGAGUAGAUAUUACAAUUAUUGAAAAUUAAAUUAGUCGAAAUAUUUUUAAUUUAGCUAAUCGUUGCAACGAUUUUUAAUUUUCUAAUGAUUCCUCACUUAUUGCUGUUGCUACUUCUAGCGGAGCAUUUAUUAAAAAUAUAAGAACUAAUUAAAUAAUAUUGAAUUUAAAAUAAGAUGAAAGUUGUAUAUCUGUUUGUUUCAUUGGUCAAGAUUAAUUAGCAAUUGGAUAACGGAAAUGUUAAUUUAUUUUAUAUAGUAUAAAAGAUUCUUAAUCUACCUAAAAAUUAACUAAUAUAUAUUUACCUUGUAUUCCUUCAAAAUUGUUAUUUAUAGAACAAAGAUAAUAAAUGUGUAUUUAUAGCAAUAAAAGUUAUUUAAUAUUGUUAAAUUUAUCAAAAUUAAAUGAAAUUUAACUGGUCUAAGUUGAUAAGGGCAAUAAAUCAUUAGAUUUUGUCUUAGAUUCUAGUUAAUUAUUUUUAGGCGUAGGUUUUCAAAAUGAUAUUUAUUUUUGUUCAUUAUCAGAUACCAUUCAAAUGGAGAAAGUAUUCUAACCAUAAGAAAAUUUAUAACUAUCUUUAUAUAAGAACUUUGCAUUAAAUGAUAGCAAUAUUUUCACAAUUGUUUCAAAAACAUCAAUAUAUACUUAAUUUGAUAUUAAUUCUAAUGUGAUUCAAAACUAAGAUCUGAAAUUCAAGUAUUUAACUUUUUUAACAUUUAAUUAUUAAUAAACUUAAUUUAUUACUAUUGAAGAAUAUUAUGAAGCUAACAAAAAGAAAUAAAAAUCAUCUCUAAUUGAUUUCGAAACUAGCAAAACUAUUUCAUGCUUUGAAGUAAUAGAUGAUAUCAAAUUUCAUUAAUCAAAAAAAGUGGUAUUUUCUUAAGAUGGACUGUAUUUUGUUUCUAGUUAUUCUGAUUUAUUAAUUAAAUUGUGGGAUGCUAAAACUUGUAAAUUGUUAUCUAUGUUCAAAAGUAAUACACCUUCAAUAGAAUUGAUAAAAAUUUCAAAAAGAGGUAUAAUUGCUUAGACAAGUGAAUAAACAAUAAAAUUAUGGAAUUUAAAAGCUUUAAAACAAUAAUAAUUUGAAAUGGAUGGUCAUUCUGAUUCAGUUAAAUCAUUAUGCAUAUCAUCAGAUGGAUUCUAAUUAGUAUCCGGUUCAAAUAGUGAAAUCAUAAUUUGGGAUUUAUUAAAACUUAAGAAAAUUGAUACUCUAUUAAAAGGUGAAUAAUUACCAACUUCAUUUUGCUUUUCACAUAACUGUCAAUAUUUUGCUGCUCUAGACGAUUUAUAAGGAAUCCAUAUUUGGAAAUUAAAUACAAAAUACAUUAUGGAACAUUUCUAUAUAUUAUCAUGUAUAAAUCUAGCGUUUAGUUUUGAUUCAACUCAACUUAUUUGUCAACAAAGUAAUUCUAAAAUAUUGAUUUUAAAUAUAGAGCAAGUGUGUAAAUAGAAAAAAAUACAAUUUUAAUAAAAUUAAAACUUUACAUCAAGAUCAAUUAUUCUUUCCAAACAUUUUCUAAUAAAAACAAAUCCAUUAGAAGUAAUUUAAGCAAAUAAAUCUGAAUUGAAGUAUGAGGAGAUGUAGGGAAUAUAAUUAAAUAAAGUAGGAAGAAUUGCGUUUUGUAUAAAUACUAUGAGAUUAGCAAUUGAAGAUCAAAAUUAUUCUAUUAUCAUAUGGUCAAUAGAAAAACAAAAAAAAGAAUCAGUACUUUAAGAUCCAUCAUUAGAAAAUAUUAAAGUUUAAUCUAUGUCUUUUAGUGGUAAUAGUAAGUUAUUAUUCUCAUUUUAUCAUGAUAAAAAGAUAAGAGUAUGGGAUGUAAGUGAAAAAUUUAUGGUGAUAAAGGUAGAGGAUUUUUGGGCUCAUAAAGAAGGUCCAUAUAGCUCAAUAAAAGAAGAAAAAUAUGUAUUUAUAUCUUUGGAAAACAAUUUUGUUUGGGAUAGUUCAAUAACUUAGAUUUUUUGUCAUUAUGGAGAGGCUAUAGAAUUAGAAAAUGGUCAAUAUCAAACUCAAUUAAGCAGAUAUUAAGUAGGAUUUUGUGAAGCAAAUAAUUUAUUAGCAAUCUAAUUUAUCAACACUUUAAAUUUAUAUGAUGUAUCGUAAAAAAAAAGAGAAUUAAUUGCAAAAUUAGAAGGAAAUUUUAUUAAUAAUAGUUUUUCUUCAAUUUUAGUAUUUUCAGAAGAUGGAAACAAUCUAUUAUCUUAAGGAAACAAUCAAACAAUAACAAUGUGGGAUAUUUUAGAUAAAAAUUCUAUUAAAGUAAAGCUUAAUCUCACACAACCAGUUGAAGCUCUAAAAUUUUUAUUCUUAGAUUCACAAACAAUUAGGAUUUUUAGUAAAUCUGGAGAAAUAAUUGAUAAAGCCAUUUCUGAUUUUACAGAAAUAGGUGUUGUUGAAGAUUAAAAAAGUAAUGAUUCUACUAAUCAUAAAUAAUUAAUUGAGAUAUCUCGGUAUAUUGGUAAAUUAGAAAAUACAAAUUUAUAGAUUUUUGAUGCCGAAGAAAAAUAAUUAAAAUACACUUUGAGCGAUUUCAGUUCUAUCAUAACGGAUAUAAAAUUUACACCAUCUGGAAAGCAAUUCAUUCUUGGAAUGAAAGAUGGUUCAAUACUACUAUAUUCAAUUGAUAAACAAACAUUAUAAGACUAUGAAUUACCAGUAUGUUAUUACAAAUUUGCAAAAAGUUAACUUAUCUAAGCGUUUUGCUGUAAAAUUAGUUAAUCGGAAUUUAAAACUUUUGAAAAUUUGGAAAAAUUAUUUUAUGAGAAAGGAGCGAUCAAAUGA